AUGAGCUGCCAAACUGAAGAAAUCGCAAGCAACACCCAGGCCGGGUGGACAGGAUCUUUCUAAAUGUGUUGUCCUCUGUGUCGGGUGCUGCUCAUUGCGCUUUUACCGCUGCUGUAUGGUGAGCUACACCAAGUCAACCUGUUCUGUGCCGAGCAACGCGUGUAUUCAGGGAAGGAAACGUGCUUUUCGCGAUGACAUUACGAAUAGAACAAGCGGGCAAAAGUCGGGGUUCCUUGUCACCGUUCCCUGGAAAAUUUCACUACUUUUCCAAAGCGUUACAUAAGAACCACCCUUUGAGUAUCCGGUUACGUCCCCAGUCUUGGUUGGGGUCUCCGGAUUCUCACCUAAUCGGGCGCUCGUUUCCCAGGCGCGAUGAGCUUGCGGUGGUGCUGGACACUGUCGUUCUUGAGUGCACUACGCGCCCUGGCUCCUCCUUUAGGCUGCCUCUGCGGUUCGUUUACGGGACAUGAACGGGGAGUUCACAAGCGGACGAUGAUGAGAAAAGAGUGACGAAUGUGUACGCACACAACAGCAGUAGCGCGUCCAGGACCACCAAUGGAGUCAGUACACGGUUGUUGCCAAGGAUGGUUCCAAAUGUUUGAUUACCACAGAUGCCGGAUGUCUUCAGGAUGACAAUGCUGCAGCUGUGCUAAACCUACAAGCUGGUUUUAGAGCAGAAUAUGCUGAAGCCUUGAAUGACCUCUCUUUCUUUGAAUCGCUCAUAGACGCCAUAGAAUCUUACAUUGGCGAUUUAUGUCAUGAACUCAAAGUGCCACGCGAUGACAUUGAGGAAUGGGAGGAUAUUUUGUACGACGCGAUAGAACAAAAAGUGACUGACGCGGACAAGAGGGAGGAUGCUAAGCCUCUUACGGGCCACAUAGAUUUUGCUGCAGCUAGGACAUCUUUUCAACAAUUGCACAAGAAGGUGGUGUUUACGAGAGUCGACAAAGCGGCCAACUGCAUCUGUAUCACUUGCAAGGCGUGCUAUAUUAGGCUAGCCAAAGCAGAACUUGAAGGACCGUGGUAUAGGACAGUACACGGAGAGUUGGAGCUGGUGAAACAGACGACCAUUGACCGACAACACAAGUUUUUGCUAGAUGAAAAGUUGCCCAUCCCACAGCAGCAGUACAAAGACGAGGAUGGUGACACUCAGUAUGAAAACACUGAGAAGUUACCCACACGAUACCUCACUGCUAAACUACAUAAGCCGUUGGUAGCGACACGUGGAAUUACGGCUUGUUGUGGUACGAUCACAGAAGGGGUGGCCAAGGUAGUCAACGCAGUCCUGGUUGGUAUCCGGCCUUGUUUACACACGAUCUGGCGUGAAGAAUGCGCAAAAGUUGGUAUUGCUGCCAAGGAAUGUUGGAUUACCUCUAGCGGGGAAAGUCUUCUAGAAGUAGCACAGGAUAUCGAUAUUCGAGCACAAAUGGAGGGAUGUACUGAUGCGCAUGUCUUCCAAACAUUUGACUUCGUUGGUAUGUACCCUAAUAUCCCUGUAGUACCAUUGAAGGAAAAAUUGAGGGAAGCUUUGAAAUUGUCGUUUGAACACCAAGCUGAGAGACAUGGGUUUAAGUCGAUGAAGUUGAGAUGGGGUAUUGGGCCUGAUAAUAAGACACCAUUUGUUAGAGACAUCGAGUGGUCGAAGGAAAACCCGAGCAACGUAACAUCUAGCAGAAGUCGAACGAAUUACAUUGGAUGGGAACGGGUCUGUAAAUGGAUAGAUUUUAUUUUGGAUGAAGGAUUUGUACAAUUUGGUAACGGCAUGUACCAACAAGCCUCUGGUAUCUUUAUGGGAACGGCACCAGCUCCCGAACUAGCGAAUAUUUUUGCGUUUAUGCAUGAAUUCGAUUUUUUGAAGGAAAUGGUGGAUGAGUAUUUAACUGCUACACACGCUGGGACUACAUCGUUGUAUCCAUUUGAAUUUAUUGAGCAGUACAGCAUUGGUACAAAACGGUAUAUAGAUGACAUUUUUACGGUGCGAUAUGGUAACCAGACUGGACCAACAUUUGAAGAUAUUAUAUAUAAGGAGGGUAAUCAAUAUGGUGGUAUGUACCCAACGAUGGUGUUAGAUUCGAAUGGUGAUGAGAUAGACAACCCCGUUCGCGUUACCCAAGAACAGUGUGGGGAAUCAGCACACUUUCUGGAUAUGCAAAUAGGGCAAGACAUUCCUGGUAAGACUUGUAUCGGUAUGUAUAAUAAGCGCCAACAUAUGGCUACGCUGAAGCAAUAUCGGGCAUUCCCACAUUGGGAAACAGUGUUAUCUACUAGGUGUAAGAUGUCGACGUUACACUGUCAAAUGUGCCGAUUUGCUAUUAGAUGUACUGACAUUCGAUUUUUCCAAGCUGCCACAGCCAGAUUGAUAGCUGACAUGCUUGCACGUUUCUAUUCUAGUCGACUUAUACGUAAUACUUUACACAAUUUCAUGUAUACCUUUUUUCGUACCUCGCCAGUGACUGCAAACAUCGUGGGUGUAAAUGCACCUAUGGUGCGUAAUUCAUACUGGAAGAAAGUGGAGUUGGGUAUUUGGAAUCGAGUAGAUACGAAUGAAUUUUUGGUAGAUUAGCCUGCGUGCGAUUAUCUUUUCCUUUAUUGGUUAGUGUCCCGUUUCUUUGUUGAGCAAUUCCUGGAGUAGUGUUGUUGUGUUAUGUUCAAAUAUCGUUACAUGUCUAUGUGCAAAAUAAGAACGCCUGUAUAUAAAUAAUGACAUAAAAAUCAUGUUCAAAUUGCUUCUAGCGCUACCAAAAUUGUACACGCAUACUUUUGUAGGAACCUGAUAGCUUAUAGCGAUGCGAAAAUCUGUGGGUAACCGCAUAUUUAACCGUCGAAACCGCAAGGGGGAACACUGAAAAUGAAACGUGUCCCUUGCAAUUAGGAUAAUCAAUUUCUGUACACCUUUCUCAAAAAUUCCCAUACACCCAGGUACGAGCAAACUUUUUUGUGUGUGGUCGAAGAUGGACUGCGCCUCUGCACAAGCCCAACAUGCCACCAUGCACAACAUACUACUGCUGCCGUUCACCUGUCGCCGUCCUUCCACGUCUACCUGUCCAUGACACAUGCUGCCACUUGAUGCGGCAACAUCUGGGAACAACACGGACACAGGGAGUACCCCCGUACCCAUACGCACAACCUCUCAUUCCUCCCUUGUCAAACACAAAUGAUGCAACAUGCAUGAAAUGAUGAACUCUGUCUAGACUAUAUUUACAAGUAUGGUCCACGCUGCCUACAAAUGGGAGAGGUAGCCAUACCUCCUACCUACACACGGACGAGAGAGGUGAACACACCCACUGCAUUUAACACACACCCACAUGUCGGUUAUGAAACCUCAUCAACCACACGCGUCUAUCGGCGACCACGUCAUCAGGAGGCAAUGAUGAGAAAUGUUCUCCCGUGCCCUUCUCACAUUUAACGACAUGAAAUUCCACAACAUAACAUAAUGAGACACACAAGACAGCUACCAAACUGAUCUUUUGAGCCUGUCACCCGAGAGUUGUCCCUAUAUGCUGUCUAGGAAAUCGUAGACAUACAGGUAGUUUUCUCUGACCCUAUGAUUCCAUUGUUAAUCUGUCUCUGACUCUUUUCUAUGAUGGAGAUGGCACAUCAGCCGCACAUACUCCGCACAUAUGCAUACCAAACUGAGAAUAUGUUUGUAAACUGAUGGAGAUUGCAUGUGUUAGAACUAAUAGGGUGCGACACACAAAACGCCCGACUACCCAACAGUACCUAACACCUUUCGUCUGCACCUUCCCAACAUAACAUAUAUGAGACACACAAGACAGCUACCAAACUGAUUUGUUGAGCCUGUUACCCCAGGGGAGAUGUCCCUAUAUGCU